GAGUUGGCGGCAGGAAGACUUCGGAAGCCCUUCCGGGGUCGCCGGGAUCAGCUGUACAGAAAGGGUUUAAUGCCUUUAGUGCCACAAACUUCCAUUCCCACGCCCAGUCUCUGCCCCAGGGCCCCUUGACUAGCGGCAUCCAGGUUCACCAAGGUUGCCCGCAACGUGCCCCAGGAUCCUGGCGGCUCCUCCCUGGUCGAGCACCAGAUGGAUCUACGGCUGCUGUCCUCCCACCGGCCGGGGCCUCUCAGCUUUCCGCGGUCCAGAUGUGUGCUGUGGGAUCCGACCCCCGCCGGAGACCGGAUUUGCUUGCACCUCAGCCACUACAGAAAUCCCAAGCUGCUGGUGACUGAAAAGGCCGUCCGUCUCGCUUAUCGUCACGCGAGGCAGAGUGCCAAGACGGUGCUGCCCUGCUUCCUCCUCGGGACCCUGACGGUGGAUGAAGAUGAAGAAGGCGUCACGCUGACCGUAGACCGCUUCGACCCCGGUCGAGAAGUGCCCGGCUCGCCGGGGCCUGCCCCCUCCGCCCCUCUCCCCGGCGACUUCUUGGUCCCGUGUUCGGUCAGCAGCCGGGGGUCUACCCCGGGAGAGGUGGUGGUUCACAGCGCGGACGAUUUCAGCACGGCCUUCAAGGGGCUCCAUGGCCACCUCAGCAGCAAAGACUCUCUGAACGCCUGCCAGCUUCUCUCCCUCCGAGCCCACCUCCGCUGCAGCCAGGCCCUGGACCGCCUGGAGCUGGACUUCCACUGGGCAGCCGUCACUCUGGCCAACACGUUCGAGUGCACCCCUGUGAAGCCCAUCCCCAUCAUCCCCACGGCCCUGGCUCGCAACCUGACAACCUACCUGAACCUCUCUCAGAUCCAGGGCACCUGGAAAUGUGGAUUCCUUACGAUGGAUGAAACGCGUAAACUGCUGCUGCUCCUGGAGUCGGAUCCCAAGGUUUACACCCUGCCAUUAGUUGGAAUCUGGCUGGCGGGCAUCACUCACGUCUACAGUCCGCAGGUGUGGGCCUGCUGCCUGCGCUAUACACUCAGCACCUCGAUUCAAGAGAGGGUUCUUUCGGAGUCCGGAAGCUUCGUCAUCGUUCUCUACUCCCUGACCCACCCGGAGCCCGAGUUUUACGAAUGCGUUCCCCAGAAGGGCCACUCGGGCCCCAAAUUCCAACUCCUAACCAGCAACGAGACCUUUCAUCUUUUCCAAGACGUCGAGCCUUCCGACCGACACCCCAUCCCCUUCGAGCUGAGCAAGGGAGGCCAAGACGCUGAGGGAGAGCUCUUCCGCCGAGUUUCUGAGAGCAUUUUGGCCGUGAGCUCUUCUCAGAAGGCCUCUCCCGGCCCCCUCUCCAUGAGCGACCAGGACUCCGGCAUGGAGGACGAGGACCUCUCCCCCAGGCCGAUGCCCAGUCCUCACCCCGUGGGUCAGCAGAGUUCCAAAAUCUGCCCUUCUGUUCCUGAGCUGUCCCUCGUCUUGGACGGCAGUUUCUUGGACUCAGCUCCUGCACCUAAUCAUCUGGUCGGGGCAAAUCCUCCAAGCCCUCCCUCCUCGCUGCCUCCCCCCGGCUUCUCGGGCCCACAGUGCCGCAAGUUCUCUGAGGAGAGGCCGAGCUGGGGUCCCGGGCCCGGGGGCCCUUGGCGGGGGCCGACCAACCAGGCGGUCCCGGGGUCGCCCCCUCCGCCCACCCCCCGAGCAAAGCAGCCACCCGCACGGCCUCCGACGUGGAAGAGGGGGGAUCCUCGGGGCCGGCAGAUCCCUGGAGCACCGUCCUCGCCUCUGACCUCCAUCCCCCGGCCUCCUACCAACCCGGCCGGAUUGCCCCCCGGGGGGCCGCCGGUAGAAGCAGGGAGUCGGCCCCAUCAAGACCUGGUCAGGCACAGAGGAGGACAUCGCACAUCAUGCCCGAGACCGUUUUCUACUGGCCAACGGCCCCUGCCCCGUGGCCCCGGGCCCUUGCCUCCAUCUCCAGGCUGGCCGAUCGUGGGCCCUCCCUCACCCUCUGGCCACCUCUUGGACGUCUGCAGAUGUUGUCGGUGCCACGGGCCUGCAGCGGGCCACCCAGGCGUGUGGCGGGGAGCGGGCAGCGCAGGUGACUGGCAGGCCCCGGGGGUCUGGUCGGAGGCCCUCCCUGAGGUUUGGUCCGAGGCUCCCGCAGAGGUCUGGUCAGAGGGCCCAGUGGAGAAUGCGCGUUUGCCGCCCCAGCCUGGAACCGGCUGCCCGCUUCCUCUAGCGUGUGACCCAAGGAGCCCGCCCAGCCGAGGCCCGCAUUGGGGCGAGGGGUCAAGCUCUCCCGCUGGGGCCUUCUCUUUCCCGCCACCCUGUGCCACCUGCACCCCCUCAUCCCGGAAAGCAUCGGCCGACGGGAUGAUGGGGCUGUCUCCGGAGGCCUACCGGAUGCUCACGGAACAGGACCGGCAACUGAAACUGCUCCAGGCCCAGAUUGAACGCUUGCUGGCCGCCCAGUCCCUCCUGGCAGGUCCACCCGUGGCUGAUGACCAGCUGGAGGCCACCUCGGCGCCCAUCGCCACCCGGGCGUCUCUGGAGCUGCCCGGCAGAGAGACCGUGAGCGUCGCCGUGAGCACAGGCACCAGCCUGCUGUGGCAAGCACCGUGCGGUGGUCCGGAGGCAGCCCCCCCAGGGGACCAGCAGGACGCCUCGGUCCGAAGCCAAGACUGCAGCGGUGCCCUUGACGCCGACAGCGCCCGAGCCAGCCACGACCCCGAUCCCGGAGGGAGCAACGGGGUCAGCAGCGAGGAGACCACGCCCGCACCUGGAGCUGUCGGCUGCUCCUCCAUGGGGGAAGAUCCCGGACCCGUGGUCCUCCCCGCUUUGCCAUCCGGAGAAAGCGUGAGCGUCUGCCUACAGGCAGGACCAGCGGAGGGCCCAAAAAAACCCUCGGUGCCGGCCAGCAGAGACCAAGUCCAGCCGGCCCAGGAGGCCACAGGGGGCCGGCCCAGCACCCCCUCGGAGAGCCGGCAACUCUACCAGGAUUUACUGGGUCAAGUGAAACAUCUCCUGAACGCCUCAUCUGAGGAGACCACCCGCCCAUGCCCAGAAGCAGAGUCAGUGUGCCAAGAUGAUGCUCCCUCUGGAACCCGGGGCAGCACCAAGCAAAGAUCAGGUGACCCCAGCGAGAAAGAUCAAGAUGGUGUCCUAAGCGCCACCCUCAAGCAAUUGAAGAGCCUCGGGGUGACCCUGGAUUCACCCAGCCACGUGAGACAAGGCGAGGCCAGAGUGGAGCAUGCCAGCGUCCUGGCCUGCAUCAGCCCGGCAGCGGUUCUCUCCGGCUUGAACUACGUGUCUUUCUCCAACGUGGGCGUGAGCGGGCUCCACCCCAGCGGCGCGGACCUCAGCAUGGAGGCCAACGCCAUCGCCCUCAAGUACCUGAGCGAGAGCCAGCUGGCGCAGCUCUCCUUCGGCCGCGCGGCCCCCGGGCCCCCAGAUGCGGCCCCCGGGUCCCCCGUGGCUCCCAGGCCCACGGACUGGAGCCUGUUGGGCCUCAGCGCCAUCUCUCCCAGCAACAUGUCAUUCGCGACCAGGACGUACAUGAAGAGGUACGGCCUCCUUCAGGGAGACUGCGGUGACUGCAGUGACCGCGGUGACUGGGAACUCCGGCCCCCGACGGGCACUGGUGGCAUGCCGGGAGCCGCCCCUCCCCAACUUGGCGGCCCUGCCGACCCCCCCGGAGCCGACCCCUGCUCUCUGACCCAGCCCGACGCACCUGUCCUCAGGAACAUCACCAACGGGGCGGGCCGGCCGAAGGGGCCUCCCGGGGCCACGGACUGGCUGCCCGUCCCGAGAGCCGGGCUCCUGGCUGGCAAGGUGGCCUUCACUCGGCACCCCGACCAGGAAAAUCAGAGAGAGCCUGCGCUGUUUCCUGAUGGACUGCAAGCUUCUGGAACCUUCCGGCACAUGGACAGCAUCAACUCGGUGGGCACCUUCUUGGAUAUCGGGCGCCUCCGCCAGCUGCCCAAGCUGUUCUGACCCUAGAGCAGCCGGGGACGCCUCCCCGGGAGUGUUUUGGAGACCCCCUUUCCCUCUGCCCACCACACCUGCCUGCCUCCUCCGUCACGGCAGCAACCCCGGGGAACCCCAGCGGCUUUACCCGCACGGUCCAGACAGCCGCUCAGUGCCCCGCGAUCCAAGAAAGCCCGGGCCUCCUCACGCCCCCCGAUUCGGAGCAGGUCCCCACUAUUCCCCGGCUCCAGCCAGAACAUUCUGGAAAGUGGCCAUCAGCAGCGUCCGCGCUGGACGCUCUUACUAAGUUGGAUUGCUUUGAGUGGUUUUCAAAUUAGUAUAUUCGGUUAAUUAACUCACAAACUCUGGGAUCCUAGUAUUACAAAUGCUUCUUUUUUAUGAGCGCUUAGCCAGACGGCAGCCUAGCUGUGUCAGAACUAUUAAAUUAUUGCGUGAAACUGAGUGGCUGGUGGUCUUGCAGGUGGUUUUUUUGUUUUGUU